AUUUGCUUGUUAAUCUAUUUGUUGCUCGUCGUUCGUUGAAAGUAGUUGAACAAAUUUAAAAAAUGGUGCAAGUUUGGUAUAUGGAUACGGAGGAAACCGAUCAGCGCUUAGAGCACCAUCGCAAUCCUCCUGCUUAUUUGGAAUUGGAUGAUCUUUACAAGAAAACCGGCGUUGAAUACUUUAAAAUCAACGCGGACGCCUACCAGAGCGAUAAUACUCUCACCGAACUGAGGGCACAACGUGGUUACACGUACGAUGAUGAGAUCACUUGCUCGGAAAAGUGUCUUCCUGACUACGCCAACAAGUUAAAAGCUUUCUACACCGAGCACUUGCACACGGACGAGGAAAUACGUUUGAUUUUGAAUGGAUCCGGUUACUUUGAUGUUCGCGACAACGAGGACAAUUGGCUGCGCAUUUUGGUUGUAAAAGGAGAUCUGAUUAUAAUACCAGCUGGCAUCUACCACCGUUUUACUUUGGAUUCCAAUAACUUCAUUAGGACUCGUCGUUAUUUUGUGGGGGAACCCGUGUGGGCUCCACACAACCGCCCAGCUGAUGAUAUGGAUUGCCGCAAGUCGUACAUCAAACAUCAGGCCGAAAAUUUUGUGCAAUUGAACAAGGUUUAAAAACCUAUUAGAGCAUUUUAAUCAAAACUUGAUAUUUGUAAAUAAAAAAAUGUAAAAGCUGUUAUAUAUCUUA